AUGUCAUCUUCACAGCAAAAUGAAGUUGCAGAUUUGGAAUCAGCUAAGAGUAUCAAUGGUGGUAGGGAUGGUGGUGGUGUAGUAGAGGAGAUAGCUGGGGCAUUGGAAAGUAAUUGUAAUAAUAACAACAAAGACAGAGAUGAGAAAAGGGAGUCUAGUGUUUCCGAGUGUUCAGUGGAUUUGGAAACUGGAGCACUCCAAACUAAACAGCGUCUGGCAAACAUUAGGGAUUGUAGGAUUUGCUAUCUGAGUUUGGAGACUACCAAUCAAGACUGUGGAGGUCCAAUUGAACUGGGUUGUUCUUGUAAGGAUGAUCUGGGUGCUGCACACAAACAAUGUGCAGAGGAUUGGUUCAAGAUUAAGGGUAACAAAAUAUGUGAGAUAUGUGGAUCAAUAGCACAAAAUGUAGGUGGCGUAAAUGUGGCGGAGUCUAGGGAGCAGUGGGAUGAAGCAAAUGCUAUAGCUACGUCAGCAGCAGCAGCGUCACAGUCUCAGAAUUUCUGGCGGGGCCACAGGUUUCUCAAUUUUUUGUUGGCUUGCAUGGUCUUUGCAUUUGUUAUCUCCUGGCUUUUCCACUUCAAUGUACCCUCCUGA